UCCUCGGCCGCCGCCGCCCCGGGAGCCGGCCGCGUCCGGCGCCGCCUCUUCCGCCCCGCCGGCGUCCGCGCGGGCGGGCCCGACGUCAGCGCCGCCCCGCCCGGCCCAGCCUCGCCUCGGCCUCGCAGCGCGGCGGCGGCAGGUCCCUCCCCAGACAUGGCCCUGGGAGGCGGCAGCACAUGGCGGCCGCGGCGGCCGUGAGCGCGCCCCCGGCCCGCCCCAGCCCGCCCUAGAGGCCGCCCGCGCCGGCCCGCCACGGCCCCGCCGCCCCCCGCCCCGCCGCCGCCGGCCCCGCCGCCCGCGCGCGCCCGCCCCGCCGCCGCCAUGGGCGUGCAGGGCUUCCAGGACUACAUCGAGAAGCACUGCCCGAGCGCCGUGGUGCCGGUGGAGCUGCAGAAGCUGGCCCGGGGCAGCCUGGUGGGCGGCGGGCGGCAGCGGCCCCCGCAGACCCCGCUGCGCCUGCUGGUGGACGCCGACAACUGCCUGCACCGCCUGUACGGCGGCUUCUACACCGACUGGGUCAGCGGCGGCCAGUGGAACCACAUGCUCGGCUACCUGGCGGCGCUGGCCAAGGCCUGCUUCGGCGGCAACAUCGAGCUCUUCGUCUUCUUCAACGGCGCGCUCGAGAAGGCCCGGUUGCACGAGUGGGUCAAGCGGCAGGGCAACGAGCGCCAGACGGCGCAGCAGAUCGUCAGCCAUGUCCAGAACAAGGGCACGCCGCCGCCCAAGGUCUGGUUCCUGCCUCCCGUCUGCAUGGCCCACUGCAUCCGCCUGGCGCUCAUCCGCUUCCACGUCAAGGUUGCACAGAGCAUUGAGGAUCACCAUCAAGAAGUGAUUGGUUUCUGCCGAGAGAACGGUUUCCAUGGCUUGGUGGCGUAUGAUUCUGAUUAUGCACUGUGCAACAUCCCCUACUACUUCAGCGCCCAUGCCCUGAAGCUGAGCCGCAACGGGAAAAGUCUCACAACAAGCCAAUAUCUGAUGCAUGAAGUUGCCAAGCAACUGGACCUGAACCCAAAUCGUUUUCCUAUUUUUGCUGCUCUGUUAGGAAAUCACAUACUACCUGAUGAAGAUCUGGCUUCCUUUCAUUGGAGUUUACUUGGUCCAGAACAUCCGCUAGCCUCACUGAAGGUCCGGGCCCACCAGCUGGUCUUGCCACCCUGCGAUGUAGUGAUCAAAGCUGUUGCUGACUACGUCCGCAACAUUCAAGACACCUCUGACCUGGAUGCCAUAGCUAAAGAUGUUUUCCAGCAUUCACAGUCUAGAACAGAUGACAAAGUUAUUCGAUUUAAGAGAGCAAUUGGAUAUUACUCAGCGACUAGUAAGCCUAUGUCAUUUCAUCCACCACAUUACUUAGCCAGACCAAAUCCGUUUGGAAUGCCUGGGAUGGUGCCACCUUAUGUUCCCCCUCAGAUGCUCAACAUUCCACAGACUUCUCUGCAAGCAAAGCCCAUGGCCCCACAGGUGCCCAGCCCAGGGGGGGCUCCGGGCCAGGGUCCAUACCCAUACAGCCUCGCUGAGCCGGCCCUCACUCUGGACACGAGCGGGAAGAACCUGACAGAGCAGAACAACUACAGCAACAUUCCUCACGAGGGGAAGCACACGCCGCUGUACGAGCGGUCCUCACCCAUCAACCCAGCCCAGAGUGGCAGCCCCAAUCACGUGGAUUCCGCCUACUUCCCUGGCUCUUCUACAUCAUCGUCAUCAGACAACGACGAGGGCAGUGGAGGGGCGACCAACCACAUCAGUGGGAACAAGAUUGGCUGGGAGAAGACCGGAAGCCACACAGAGGCCAGGACACGGGGAGACCCAGGAGACCAAGCAAAGGCAGAAGGUUCCUCCACUGCCUCUUCAGGAAGCCAGCUGGUGGAAGGCAAAGGGAGCCAGAUGGGCACAGUCCAGCCAAUCCCGUGCCUCCUGUCGAUGCCCACCAGGAACCACAUGGACAUCACCACACCUCCCCUGCCCCCCAUCGCACCUGAGGUGCUAAGAGUGGCCGAGCACAGGCACAAGAAGGGGCUGAUGUACCCCUACAUCUUCCACGUCCUGACGAAGGGUGAAAUCAAAAUUGCUGUUUCUAUUGAAGAUGAAGCCAACAAAGACCUGCCUCCGGCCGCCCUGCUCUAUAGGCCAGUUCGUCAGUAUGUUUACGGAGUCCUGUUUAGUUUGGCAGAAAGCAGAAAGAAAACUGAGAGACUUGCUUUUAGAAAGAACAGACUUCCACCAGAAUUCUCACCAGUGAUCAUUAAGGAAUGGGCAGCUUACAAGGGGAAGUCUCCUCAAACCCCGGAACUAGUGGAAGCCCUGGCCUUCCGGGAGUGGACCUGCCCCAAUUUGAAGAGGCUCUGGCUGGGCAAGGCGGUAGAGGACAAGAACCGCAGGAUGAGGGCCUUCCUGGCCUGCAUGAGGUCCGACACCCCAGCCAUGCUCAACCCUGCCAACGUGCCCACUCACCUCAUGGUGCUCUGCUGUGUCCUACGGUAUAUGGUGCAGUGGCCGGGAGCUCGCAUCCUGCGGCGUCAGGAGCUGGACGCCUUCCUGGCCCAAGCGCUGUCCCCCAAACUCUACGAGCCGGACCAGCUGCAGGAGCUCAAGAUUGAGAACCUAGACCCCCGAGGAAUUCAGCUGUCAGCUCUCUUCAUGAGUGGAGUAGACAUGGCAUUGUUUGCCAAUGAUGCGUGUGGACAGCCCAUCCCCUGGGAACACUGUUGUCCUUGGAUGUAUUUCGAUGGGAAGCUCUUCCAGUCCAAACUCCUCAAAGCCAGCCGGGAAAAGACCCCACUCAUCGACCUCUGUGAUGGUCAGGCUGAGCAGGCUGCCAAGGUAGAGAAGAUGCGGCAGAGUGUUCUGGAGGGGCUCAACUUCUCCCGGCAGAACCACCCGCUCCCCUUCCCGCCACCUCCCGCUCUGCCCUUCUACCCCGCGUCUGUGUAUCCUCGGCACUUCGGGCCCGUCCCCCCCGUCUCAGGGCCGGGCAGAGGCUUGCAGGUGAUCUGUGGCUUUGGAGGCCCCUAUGGGGAAACGGUAGCAACAGGCCCUUACCGUGCCUUCCGAGUGGCGGCAGCAUCGGGACACUGCGGAGCAUUCUCAGGCGGUGACAGCAGCAGGACUAGCAAGUCCCAGGGCGGAGUCCAACCUAUACCUUCUCAGGGAGGGAAACUAGAAAUAGCUGGCACUGUGGUCGGCCACUGGGAGGGAAGCAGGCGGGGCCGUGGGGGCCGAGGGCCCUUUCCACUGCAAGUGGUCUCUGUGGGAGGACCAGCAAGAGGGCGUCCAAGAGGAGUUAUUUACCCAGUGAUACGGACGUUUGGUAGAGGUGGAAGGUACUACGGCCGAGGUUAUAAAAGCCAGGGAGCAAUUCAGGGCAGACCUCCUUAUGCUGCUUCAGCGGAAGAAGUGGCCAAAGAGCUGAAGUCGAAAUCCGGGGAAUCAAAGUCCUCUGCCAUGUCUUCAGACGCCCUGGCUGAAAAUGGAGUGAUGGCCGAGGAGAAGCCAGUGCCCCAGAUGAAUGGGAGCGCAGGCGACCCCAGGGCCCCCAGCCACUCUGAAAGUGCCUUGAACAAUGACUCUAAAACGUGCAAUACAAAUCCUCAUUUAAAUGCACUAAGUACAGACAGCGCCUGCCGCAGGGAGGCUGCUCUGGAGGCAGCUGUCUUAAAUAAAGAAGAGUAAACUUAUUUUUUAUAGAGGGUGAAGGAUGCUGGAAGGGUAAGGAUCUAGGACUAUCUGGAGAGAAAGAGAGCCUGCAGUUAUGUACAUUUUGUCCUUUCCGUAAGAGAAAAAUGAGGACUUUGGAAAUUCAGAUCCCUCUUUGAUAUCAGAGAUUUAAACAACACAUUUUUAGUUUUAACCAGUUGUAGUCAAAAUGCUACAAUAAAACAAAAAAGAGAGAAAGAAAAUGAAGAGCAUUUGACUCCCGCACUUAAAAUGAAGUACACACAAAGUUUAAACUGGUUAUGACAAAAGCCUAUAGUUGUAUUUCUUAAACUAUAAAGAAAACAAAUUUUGGCAGUCUUUAAGUAUAUAUAGCUUAAAAUAUAAUUUUUAGCAUUUGGCACCAUAUGUAUGCCAUUAUAUUUGAUUUUGCAUUACUGUUUCACAAUGAAGCUUUGUUUAAGGCUUUGAUUUUUAUGAUUAUGAAAGAAAUAAGACACAACCACAGUUUUUCUUUCUACUUAAAUUUCAUCACCGUUGAUGUGGUUCUUUUGUGUUAAAAAAAAAGUGCAACUAUCGAAACUAAAAAAUUAUAGAGUAAUAUUGCCGUUCUGCUGAUUUUAAAUAUACAGUACAUCAUACAUACUUUACAAGCAAGUUAAAUGGAGAUAAAGUUGAAAUCAUAGAGAUGCAAAUGACCUUUCAAAAUCAACACAAUGUGUUCUGAAACUUCGUGACUAAUACCAUGCAUCUGUGAUCAAUGAACUAUGUGGUUUUGAAUCGGAUGUAGACCAUUAGUACUACUACUUGAGCUAAACUUCUGCAUGGUUCAUAAUUUUUAAAGUGUGUAGUUAAUAUUAUGCAUGUUAUCGUCCUUUCUUCCAUUCUUACCAGUAUGUGCCCAUUUGCAAAACAAAAAUGCUAAUAAUCAGUAAUAGUCCUAUAAAAGAUGUUAACUCUGUUUAGUCAUUGACUGAUCUUGCUCUAACCUUAAAAUUUUGUGAUUAUUGACCUCUGUUGCAUUUAUUCUAAAAUCCCCCCCAAAUUAUCUCGCCGUUUUCGAAUAUCAACAUUACCCUGGUGUAUUCACUGCUGUAUGCCUAUUGUUCUUUGUUGCUGUUUUAUGCCUUCUAUUAGCAAAUAUGAAAUUCUGUGAAGAAAAAAAAAAACCCUUUGAUCUUUAAAAAAAAAAAAACCACCCCCUCCUUCUGUAGCAGGAAAAAAAUUGCUUGUUCUUGAGAACUUUCCCAUCAAGAAUUUAGUAGAAGCAGUUAUACUUCUAUCAUUUUGAUGUUUUUGUUAAUGUUUCCAAACAAUGUACUUUGAAAUCAGAAUCACUUCUUAUCGUUUUCAUAUACUUCUGAUGCUCUUCAUCACAUUAGUGAUCAGAAAUGAGGUGUAAUUCCCCAACCCUGCCCGCAAGAGCUAAGUAGGAUCUUACUGUAAGUUGAAGGGAGUUCUGCCCUACUCAUGGAUUGUGAAGAAUGAACUGCUGUUGGGUCUGAUUGACUGUCGAUGGAUUGUGGUGUGGUGUAUCCGGAGGCUAUUGAAUGCAACUUACAAUGCUUAAUAAAAAUCUUUAUUCUUUUA